GAUCGGCUGUGAGUUUGUUGCACAUUUAACGCUAGCAAAGUAAACUGUCGUGGAUUUGCAGAGCUAACGUUAGACAGGCUAUGUGAAAAUAAUGUUUACUAAUCAAGGCAUUCAACCCGUAACUGUUGUAUUUAGCAACACAAAAAACUGCUUUCUUCAUAUCUCUUCGAAGUUAAUAUCGCAUCUUUCCUUGAACGAGAACCAGGCUUUGGAGUUGUCUUGGGGCCAUGGAUCCCCAGUAUUUCUCAGCUGGACUCAAAACAGAUCCUCCUCCAGCCUGAACAGCCAUAAAGUGGAGCUGUGUCGACAACUGGGAGAAAAACUUGGCCUGAAGGAUGGAGAGCAGGGCUUCCUGAGACCAUGUCACCAGGUUUCAUCUGUGCAUCAAGUGUUUGUGGAGCCUCUGUCAUUUGAUGACUGGGAGAUCUUGGAGCUCCACAGUGCAGCGCUGGAGCAGCAUCUGUUGGAUCAGAUCAGAGUUGUUUUCCGAGAUGCCGUGUUUCCUGUGUGGGUGGACAGCCACACAGCCAUCUACAUCCAAAUAGCAUCGCUUUCGCCAUCUGUGCCAUAUGGUCGCUUGGAGCAGUUCACAGAACUAAUUGUCUCUCCUAAAAUCCGCGCUGGGAUUGGCAACCUCAAUGGCUCUCCAAUGAGACAGGACGACAAGCAGCAUUUUCCCGGACAGCAAAAUAUGGAUCAUUCCUCCCCUUCUGGAACAUCAUUAGAAACUACCUCCCCUGUCCUUCAAAGCCACCAGUGGGGCGGCAUAGCUGACCUGAAGAGCCUGCUACGCUUCAUGAUUAAGGGAACUUACGACCCAGUUAAGGAGCUGCCACCUGUACCUGACGUGCCUGCCCUCUUUCCCGACUCUAUCUGCAGAGUGUGUGGUGUACCGCCAGACUCUCUUUGCACUAUAAGCCAGGUUGCAACAGCCGUUGUUCAUUUAUUUCCUCUGAGCCACUGGUCAAAUGCUGUGCCAACCGGAGGUCAGUCGUCAGUGACUUAUGGCCUGCUCUCAAAAGUUCUCUCCCCUAAAGAAUCAAGGGACAGAGCCAAGCACGCCAUGGAGAAAAAGAAGAACGCAGGAGUUACUAAAGUGACAGAAGGAAAGGAAUUCAAUGAAGAAGAAGCCAUAGUGGUCAGGGUGGUCUGCCAUGAUACUGAGAAGCAAACAAGUCACAGUCAGAGAGAGAUCCAUAGUGGAAGAGUAUGGAUCCCUCAGCCCCUUGCUGUCAGGUUGAAUAUCAUCCCACAUUCAACAGUGAGAAUUAAACCGGUGAAAUCAGCUAUCAAAGUGGCUUCCUCUAUUCGCUUACAGCCGUUAAUACCCCUGCCUGAGGAAGACGAUGAGGAGAUCAAGACAGCUUUCCUUGGUUGGCUGCACACUCAGAGUCAUGAGCCUUUAGCCUGUCUGACUGCUCGGUCUGGCACCAUCCUCCUACAUGGAACCGAUGCUAAGUUAGAGUUUGCUUUAACUGUACUGAAACCAGAACCAGGCAGUGACCCUACAGACCAGCUGUUCUUACUCGCAACCCCUGUUGUCAAGAAGGAAAACAUUCAGGUAGACAGAGUCACAUGGCCAGCUGUGAUAUCUGUAGCCGAAUCACCCAAUCCAGAGCUUCCCUCCCUCAGUAGCCUUGGUGGGAUCCAUGAGCUCAGUACGAAUGGAUUUGACUUCAUCUCCCACAGCCUUCUGGGUAGUCCCCUCUCAAGAGAGCUUGGUAGCACUGCGCAGGGUCUCCAGGGAGGAGCUCUUCUCAUCACUGGUGCUAAGGGAAGUGGAAAAAGCACUCUUUCCCGAGCCCUCUGUAGAAGAGCUAGAGAAGAACUGGAUGCACAUGUGGAGCUGGUGGACUGCAAGAAACUUCAAGGCAAAAGGUCAGAAACAGUAAGACAGAUGCUGCAGGAUAUUUUUGAGCAGGCGGAGUGGAGGCAGCCUUCAGUCGUUCUUCUUGACGACCUGGACCACGUGACUGGGGCGCCAACAUCACCAGAGCAUGAGCACGGUCCUGAGGCGCUGCUGCAACAGCACAUAGCACAGAGUCUGCAGGAUGUGGUGGACGAGGUGCUGCUUCACUCCAGCCUGGUGUGUCUGAUCAUCACCAGCCAGAGUGAGCAUUCCCUCCACCCCUCCAUCACCGAGGUGCAGGGGUCCCACUUCAUCCAGGGCUUCGCACACAUCCAGCCACCGGACCAGGCUCAAAGGGCGGAAAUCCUCCGCCAUCUGAUACUCGGAAAAAGCUGCCUGUUUGAGGAGACCUUACAGACUCUAGACCUGGCGGCUGUUGCCAAGGAGACGGAGGGAUACACACCCCAAGACCUUGAGCUACUGUUGCAGCGGGCUGUCCAUGCCAACACAGUGCAAAGAGGACACAGUGACCAGGGUGUGUGUUUGUUGUGGAGGGACUUUGUGCAGGCUCUGAAGGGGUUCACUCCUCCCUCGCUGUGGGGGGCAGACCUCCACACCCCGAGUGGAGUGGGACUGGAGAGGGUGGGGGGGCUGAGGGAGGUGCGACGGCAGCUGAUGGACACCAUAAUGCUCCCGGCUAAGUAUCCAGUCCUGUUCUCCAAUCUCCCCAUCCGCCAUCGCUCAGGAAUAUUACUGUAUGGAGCUCCUGGUACAGGGAAGACGCUGCUGGCCAGGGCCGUGGCCAAAGACAGUGGCAUGAACUUCAUCAGCAUCAAGGGCCCUGAGCUUCUGAGUAAGUACAUUGGAGCGAGUGAGCAGGCAGUCCGCGAUGUCUUCCGGAGGGCUCAAGCUGCCAAGCCGUGCAUUCUGUUCUUCGAUGAGUUUGACUCUCUGGCCCCCAGGAGGGGCCACGACAGCACAGGAGUAACGGACCGGGUGGUGAACCAGCUCCUCACCCAGCUGGACGGGGUGGAGGGGCUGCAGGGUGUUUACGUGCUUGCAGCCACCAGCCGUCCAGACCUGAUCGACCCGGCUCUGCUGAGACCUGGACGACUCGACAAGUCCCUCUACUGCCCGCCUCCUGACCUGGAGGAUCGUGUGGAGAUCCUGAGGGCUCUGAGCUCCGGUGUGGCUCUGGCUGCUGACGUGGACCUGGAUCAACUGGCCACAGCCACGGAGCAGUUCACCGGGGCCGACCUGAAGGCCCUGCUCUACAACGCCCAGCUGGAGGCCGUCCACAGCAGCAUGGGCUCCAGCACACCGCAUGAUCUGACCUGUGGCUCCGACAGCGACAUGAGCCUGUCCUCCAUGAUGUUCCCGAACAACAGCAGCGGCUCAGAUGACUCGGUGGGGGAGGGGGACCCGGGCCUGGACCAGUCCAUGGUACUGCUGGAGCCCAGUGAGCUUCGAGCUGAAGAACAUCGUGGAAACGUUUGGAGAAUUUACUUUGGAAGCUCCUACGAGUCAGAUGUCGGGAAUUCACCCAUUUUAGGACUGAACUCCCAGUGCGUCUCUGGACCAAACUCAACCCGGGCAUCGUGUCGGGACCAGGGCGGCCCCCUCCCCCCCGCCUUCAUGUCCUCCCUGCAGAGCGGGUACGAAGAGCUCGCCCCCGAGCAGUUAGAGCGCCUGCAGCAAGACGUUCAGAACAUCAAGAACAACUACAGGAGCGCCAACGAGGACAGUGUUCGGGGGCCGUCAGCCUCCAGCCGGCCCGGCCUGCUGCUCUGUCGGCUCCAUCUGACCUCCGCCCUGACUGCGACCGCGGCGUCGCUCAGCACGACCGACUGGAACAGAUACGCUAAACUGUAUGAAGCCUUUGGGGGUGUAGGAGAAGGACAGUCUGCACAAUCAGUCACAUUCAAACCUGGACAACGUGUGACUUUAGCUUGAUCAAACAUGCUAACUCAAUCAACCUAAUUUAGUUAUUUUUGUGUUAGUUAAUGAAAAAUGUGAUGUAAUUUAUAUUUAAAGAUUCUAACAAUCAGUGUUUAACAGUUCCAGAUGGAUGAAGACAUCUUAAAUGUUUGUGUAAUGUCCUACUGACUUGAUUUUAGAGAGAUAUGUAUCUACUUACAAUGUAAUUGACUGUACAUAUGUAUAAAUCCAGAUGAUAAAUUAUGUAAUUUUUGUUAUAAAAUGCUUGCCUACAUAACUUAAUUAAACCCUGAUUGUGAAUUAAA